GUUCGUCGUGGCCUGCUCAGUUUCGGCUUAUGUUUCGCGCGGUUCACACCGGUGUACGGGUGACGUUCGCUGCUCUCGCUCUCGCUGUGUGUGCGGCACCACCACUGUUCACUGACGACGACGGCACGGUACGUGUGCGUGUGUUUCUCAAAUGCUUUUCGGGGUCCCGUAAAAGUGGCCCGUGCCUUCUCCGUUGUUGGGUCAGUGAAGGAAAGUGAAAAAAAACGUUGCAGAUCGUGAAAAAACGGUUGAAUGUUGGGAAUACAAUACUGAAUAGUGUGCUACUGAAUGGUUUGGGUGUGUGUUUUGUGACAACCCCUCCCCUUUCUGCCCAGUGCAGAAUGCACCCCUGGUGAGUGAGGAGGGUGGGAGGCAUGUGAAUGUAAGCAGGCUUUAAGUGUUGUGCAUAUUGUGAAAUGAUUUAAUUAGAAUAAAAUAAAAAAUAGAAAAGUAAAUAAAUAUCGAAAAAUCAUCAAUAAUAAGAAAGAUUCAAAAAAGUGAAAGAUAUUUGGAAAGGAGUGUAAUAUAGUGGCAAAGUGGUGAAUUUUUCAAAUCUAAUUUCCAGCAAAAUCUGUAUAUUUGCUUCAUUAUACAAAAAUACUAAGUGCUUGUGAAUGAUUAAUUAAAGUCCAUUAGUGUAUUGCGAGGGUGCAAAAAUUACAUAAAAUAAUUGAAAAGCUUAAAACAACCUAAAACGUGAAAAAAGUGCACAACAAAAAGUGUAUCCUUGCUGUAGUGGGAAUUAUUAAACAAUUCAUCAAAAAAUAGCAUAAUCAUCGGUCAGCCAGCAUCAACCAUUCGCAUCCAACGUUAAGAAAUGACUAGUUCCGGUAUCAUCGUCCCGAAACUGAGCUCUUCAUACGCAUCCACCGGCUAGAAAGAGCGCGGAAGGACCACUGCCUGCCCGCCUGAACGUAAUUGAUCGCUUCGGACAUCGUCAUAUUCAGUCGUCUCCUCUGCCCAGUGCAUUCAGUGUGCUACCGGAAGUAGAUAGAGUGUGUGUGUCUGAGUGUGCGUGUGUGAUUAGAUGGCAGUGUAAGUGCAUGGUAUUGUGUCUAUCAUCGGCAUCGAUUCAGCUCCAUCACGAGCGGAGUGAAUCCGAUUCGAAAGAAACGGUGAAACGAGAGUGCAAAGCAACGUUGCCACAAUAAAAAAACGAGCGCGUGUGAUUUCAGGAGGAGCAUCCAUUCCCCUUGGCCACCCGGGCAACGGUUCGGUCUGUGUUUUUUUUCACGACUUUUGAAUGCGAACAUGGCAGCGGUACGGUCGCCGGAAGUGCUGGUAAAUGCCUGCACGACGUGGUGGACACGGUUCGCGCUGGUGCUGCUGCUAAUGCAGCAAACAUUUCACGGCGUCCAAACGCUCGAUCUAGACAAAUGCAAAAACCCAUUAGGCAUGGAAUCGUUCGCGAUUAAUGACUCACAAAUAACGGCCAGCUCGGCGCACGACAUCGGCAACGUAGGACCACAGCAUGCCAGAUUAAAAGUGGACAACAAUGGAGGCGCCUGGUGUCCAAAGCACAUGGUGUCCCGCGGUCUGAAGGAGUAUCUGCAGAUUGAUCUGCUGAAAAUGCACGUCAUCACGGCGAUCAAAACGCAGGGCCGGUUCGGGAAGGGUCAGGGCCGGGAGUACACGGAAGCGUACGCGCUCGAGUACUGGCGACCGGGCUUCACCAAGUGGAAGCGGUGGAAAAACACGCGCGACAAUGAGAUCCUUUCGGGCAACAUCAACACCUACAGCGAGGUCGAGCAGGCGCUGCAACCAAUUAUAUUCGCCUCGAAAAUCCGCAUCUACCCGUACAGCCAGUACGAUCGGACGGUUUGUCUGCGCGCCGAAAUCAUCGGAUGCGAGUGGGAAGAGGGUCUCAUCUCGUACAGCAUCCCGAAAGGUGUCAUUCGAGGCGUGGAGGUGGACCUCUCCGACCGCACGUACGACGGCGAGGGCGAAGGCGAUCGGCUUGUCCACGGGCUCGGCCAGCUGGUGGACGGUCAGAAAGGUGCGGACAACUUUCGCAUCGAUAUCCACGGCUUCGGUAAAGGAUACGACUGGGUCGGUUGGCGUAAUGAUUCACUCGGCUGGGCCGGCAAACCGGUCGAGAUGGUGUUCGAGUUUGAUUCGGUCCGUAACUUUAGCUCCAUGGUGCUGCACACCAACAACAUGUUCAGCAAGGAUGUACAGGUUUUUGUACACGCGAAAGUGUUCUUCAGCAUCGGUGGACAGCACUUUACCGGUGAGCCGGUCCAGUUUUCCUACAUGCCGGACACGGUGAUGGAAAAUGCACGUGACGUCACGAUCAAGCUACACCACCGGGUAGGUCGGUACGUGCAGAUCCAUCUCUACUUUGCGCUGCGCUGGAUCAUGCUGAGUGAAAUAUCGUUCAACUCUGCACCAGUGACGGGCAACUUCUCCGACGAAGAAGUCAACGGGAACUCGAUCUCGCAGGAAAAUUCUAUCGAGUAUCCGCUGCAGCGCGACGAAUCCGGCAUAAACAUCGUCAACAAGGGCGAACGGAACCACGUGACGCAAAUUAUCUCACCGAAACCGAUCGAUCAGGAACCGGAGCCACACUUUGUCGGUGUGGUGAUAGCGGCCCUGACCACCAUCAUCCUGCUGCUGAUCGUCAUCAUCAUGUUCAUCGUGGCGAAGAACAAGCGCACCCGGACCGCGGCCGUGCUCGACGCGCUGCAGCACAAUUUGCAUACGGACAGUUUGGGCAUCGAUAAGCGUCUGAACAGCAAUUUUAAGGUAUCGAUAGACGAUAAUGAAUCGAUUGAUAAGAGCAGCCUCUAUCACGAACCGUUCAAUGUAAAUAUGUACACCAGUGCCGCCAGCGGAUGCUCGAUGAGCGACAUGCAGCGCCAUCACAUCACACCGGACUAUACAGACGUACCCGACAUCGUGUGCCAGGAGUAUGCCGUGCCGCACAUGCAGGACCUCAUACCGAAGAUACCCGGCGGGUACGUGAGCGUACGGCUGACGCCACCGACGCUGAACAACAUCUUCCCGAAGCCGCCGCCCGUGCCGCCCCCGCCCGAGAAGUACUACGCCGCGACGGCCAUCUGCAAAUCGUCCACCACCCCAACGACACCGUCGAACCAGCAGCAGCAGCAGCAGCAGCAGCAACUGAACGCCUACAGCGACCUCGAUCUUGGCGUGUCCGAUGACGAUCUGCAGCUGAGCGAGUACCCGCGCGACAAGCUGGUGAUAGUGGAGAAGCUCGGCUGCGGUGCGUUCGGCGAGCUGCACCUGUGCGAAACGAAAGGAUACAGCACGAAUCUGGUGGCCGUCUCGACGCUGCGGCCAGGUGCAUCCGAUCACAUGAAGAAGGAGUUCCGCUCGAAGGCGAAGCAGCUCAGCCGACUGAACGAUCCGAACAUUGUGAAGCUGCUCGGGGCCUGCCUGAAGGACGAACCGAUCUGCAUCGUGCUCGACUACAAGUUCAGCACCGAUCUGAACCAGUUCCUGCAGGAGCACACGGCGGAAACGGGCUCGCUGGUGCAGCACAAUUCCUUGAGCUACGGGUGUUUAAUUUACAUUGCCACUCAGAUAGCCUCCGGAAUGAAAUACCUAGAACAGAUGAAUGUAGUGCACCGUGACUUAGCAACAAGGAGUUGCUUAGUUGGACCACAGCUGGAGAUCAAAAUCUGCACACUAGGAACUGUGAUAAAUCGCAUAGCAUAUCCUGCUGACUACUGCCACCUCGAAGGUGCCGGAAGACAAUCACAACCAAUGCCGAUCCGGUGGAUGGCCUGGGAAAGCGUACUGAUGGUAGUUCACCUCCAAGUCGGACGUUUGGUCGUUCGCCGUAACGCUGUGGGAAAUUUUGACCUUCGCCCGGGAGCAACCGUUCGAGAAUCUGAGCGACGACAAGGUGAUCGAGAACAUCGGUCACAUGUACCAGGACAACAAGAAACACAUUCUGCUUCCAAUUCCUGUCGGCUGCCCGCGAGAAAUCUUCGAUCUGAUGUGCGAAUGCUGGCAGCGUAACGAGGCGAGCCGGCCAAACUUCCGCGAAAUUCAUCUGUUCCUGCAGCGGAAAAAUCUAGGGUACAAACCGAAUGCUUCUCUUUAAACACAACCCCUUUAUUUUACACCUUCAAAACAAACACUUUCUCAUACGAAGAUCGAUAUGAAAUGAACAGAACAGCAACCGCAAUACACUCAACAACGCAACAACAACAAAACCUACAACGAAUAACGUUAACACACCUCGCACGUAUCCGUUUUGUUAGUUUGACGUAAAACAAUUAGAACAAGACAAAGCAACUAGUGAAAACAGAAAUGAAUGAACUAACGAACCGACCACCGUACGAGAAUGUUUAAAAACAAGUAAUAAAAAAAACAACAACAAAAACGAAACCGCCAACACACAGAAGAGAAACGAACGAUGGAAGUUGCACAAAGCAUGGAGCUUGAUUGUUUUGUUUUUUUGUUACCUUUCGUUUUGCAUUCCCACCAAAUUGACGCAUGUGCGUUUUUGGUCCCCAUUUUGCAUAGCUGAAACUUCACUUCGUUAGUGUAUUAUGUUAUUACUUUCACUUUUCUAUCAUUUAAUUUAGUUGUGCACCUCUUUCAAAAGUGUUCUUCGUUCCUACACUACAUUUUUUCAUCACCUUAAUUCGUUCGUGUGUUUGUUUUACCAUUUUUGUCUAUCGAGUGUUUGUCUGUGUGUGUGUUGAUUUUGGCACCAUUUUUUCUUUUGUUGUAUUGAAUAGUGAUGGGUGUUAUUUUACAUUCUUUCUUUUUCUUUUUUACAGUGUUUCCAAUCUUUUAUUUCAUCGGAAACACAUUCAAUUAGUAUUUUCAUAAUUGUUUUUGUUUUGUUUUCCCAUUGUUUCCUCGCUGUUUUUUUUUUGUACAACAUUUUACACCUUUUUUCUAUUUGUUUAUUUGUUUGCUUUGGACUGUUUCAUUGCUGUUUGUUCAGUGCAUUUGAGGUAACACAAAACAAGCACUUUCUAAUACAUCUCCCGAAACACUUUGAUAAUUAAAAAGAGAAUCAAUCAGCCGUCAUUUCUAUUGCUAACAUACUUUCUCUCUUCUCUUUCUCUCUUCCCUUUCAUUUGCAGUGAGUAUUUUCACCACCUGUAAAAUUGGAUUUUGAAACAAAAAAUGCGAUCGAGCAAUCGAAAGUAAAACAAUGCUCUUUUUUCUAUUCCUUUCGUGAUGAACACGAAAUGACACUACCCCCUCGACUCACUGCACCAUACCAUACAUUGCACCUUCCAAAUUCCAAAACACACAAACAAUUCCAUGAAAUCCACGCAGCCCAACCGCACACCGUUCUAGCUGAUCCAGUCCGGCUGAUGACGGCCAAGCGAACGAAAACGCUGACCCGAAAUUAGUGCAACCGGUUCGGAAUAAAGCCCCCGCUGUUUGAGUGAAAGUCUUUCAAAAUCUUUAACACCCGUUCCCCCGGGCCGGCAAGCAAGGGGCCAGCUACCUGGUGCAACAAAGUCGCGAUGCUCACACAGACACACGGUGUACACGGUGUAACAACACUCAAGACACAAACACACACACACACGAACGGAUUCAAACGACGAAGAAAUGUGAUUUUGAUACGACCCCGCGUGGCCAGUGUGUGGGCCAGAGGAAGCAAAAGCAUACGAUGGAUGGCUCAACACUAGUGAUAAUCUGCUGUAGUAGUGUUGUGUGCUUUAGGCUGAAAUCACAUCGAGCAUAAUAAUAAUGUCGAACAGGGAAACAAAUCAUAUCGAACGCAACGCGCGGCACACUCGAACUCGAAGAAGCGUGCAAGUGGCGGACGUAGCAAGGUGGUAGUAGCAAGCGCGGGAACAUUGUGAAUAUGUUUUAAGGGUGCCAGGAGGAACAACUAUUGAUCCCACCUAAAACGUAAAUUUGAAAUUGGGAGCACACGAAAUUCGCACGACAAAAACGUGGACGAUUCCCCUCAGCUGAUCAAUCCUGAAUCCUGCUGAAGGUAUGUGCGUUUAGUACAUUCGUUUCUAUUUAAUCGCCUAAGAAAUUGCAAACGAACUGGAUUAUUCGGUAUUAUUCAUUACUUUAUCGGUUACUUUAUUGAACAAGUUUUAGUUUAAAACUCGAAACAUACACAACACGAUUAGAGAAAUGCUGCGCAGGCAGCAUAAUUGCUUUCACUAGGGCCGGAACGGAAAAGGAGAAAAACCAAAUGAAACAAAUGCCAUGUGUAGUAAUGAAGUGAAUUGAAACUCAUAAAAACACACACACCCAGAGAUACAUCUACACAUUCAUGUAGAGUAGGUAUUAUCAGUAAGAACACACACAAUACACACUAACGAAAUGUAAGUAGCACUGUAAAGAAACUUUAUUCCUUGUGUAUAUUGAAGAGAGAAUAGGAAUUGAGAGGAGACGCCGCGCAGAGACGCCCGUGACAGGAAAACCUUGUACUGUGUUCCUUUAAACUGUUUUUAUUUUUUGUUCUGCAUUUCUUCUUAUGUUUCCAAGAUGUUUCCAAAUGUAUUGUUUAUCUAUACAGACAUAAACACAAGUACACCUAUAAACAUACACGUUCAAUCGCAAGGACAACAGUUUGCCCCUAAAGUUAGGCUGUGUCUUUGUAACGUCAACAUGAAAUGCCCCUAAAGGUAGGCAAUGUGGUAUUGUAAUUUCUUUUAAAUCUUUUCUGCAAAAUUCGUAUCAUCUCUUGGUUGUUUUUUCUCUUUUACAAUGUACAAUCAAGCCCAGUUUACUAUUUGUUUAAAAAAACAAAACUAAAUACAAGCAAAAUUAGUCACAAAUUGAUAGCAAGUUUAAAGUAUUCUAUAUCAUCAUUCGAAUCAUUUCAUCGGAUAAGAGCAAAAGGAAGGCCAGAAGUCAUUUGAAUUAAAUCAUUAUUUAACGAAAUCAUUAAGUAAGGUCAACGCUAUAGGUUAGUGGAUCGAACGCGAUUACUAAAACCCCAUAAGGAACACUUUUCUCUUUUUCUCUUAUUAUUAUUAUUAUUAUUAUACAAGUGAAAAGGAAAGGCAAAAACUAAAGUCUCGUAAAAUAAAGGGAGAACAAGUUUGCAUACAAAUAAACACAUAAAACACAAAA